AUGGUAACUCCUCCCCGCGCGGCGGUUUGAAAAACGCUUUUGAAGACCCAACCGAGUGGAAAAGUCGAACGAAGAUAACAGUCAUGGCUCCCUCGAAAAGAACCAACAGGAAAGACAAUAUAAAGACUGCCAAACUGGAAGCAUUUCUGGAGGAUUUUGACAGCGAGGUCGAAACCCGACUUUUUCAAAUGAGGGAAAGGAAGCACCAGCUGUUGAAAGAUGUUGACAACCACUAUAACAUGGCUCUCGUUAAAAUACCCAAGGCUGUCAGGCAAAUGAACUGGCUGGAAUAUUUCAAGGCUGAGGAAGUCAAAUCACUACAAGUGGAUGAUGUAAUGAGGGAAGCGGAGGCCGCAGUUGUAGAGAAUGUUGUGGCCGAGGACUACACAGUCAAGAAAACAGUCAAGAGAAUUACAAAGACAAAGGGUGGGGCAAAAUCCAGUUCUGGAGACGAAAUCGCCCCGAGUACUUUGAGGAAGGGGAAAACGACAAGGAAGCCCCCAACUACGUCAAAACGAGCAAAGGCUCGCCGAGUCAGCCAGCAAAACACUUCCAUCAGACGAUCAUCCAGGAAGGCCUUGGUCACCCCUGCCAGGACUUUGCUUGACUCCUCUUUGUUGAUGGGCCCGACUCCUCUCAUCACGCCACGCUUCGACCCAAGGCUUCCCAAGACCCCCGCUGUGAGAGUCCCUCGCCACAAGGAAAGAGUCUACAGCAUUUCAGUCAAUGGCUCUCCCGUCAUGGCAGCCAACCACGAAGUUGUUGUGAACAUCCCACUCGGUAACGGAGAGAGUAUGCCACUGAUGGCCAGCCAGAUCAGCUCCAUGGACCUCUCCAUGCUGGAUGAAACAGCCUUGAGGAGCAUACGCCAUUUUGUGAGUCAUAUCUCAUCACUGACGACUCAUCAUUGAUAUUGACGUUUUAUUUUUUUCCCGGUAUACCUUUUUGUAGUCAAGAUAAGAGCCUCAGCUCUUCUAAACUCAAAAGGGGCCGUCUCAUUUGAAUAGCAUGUGUGGCGUUUGUGUCCCACUGGGCUUUGUCACAACUGUUAUCUGCUGCUUUAAAUGUUGGUUGUAUGUCGUUUCAUACGCUUGUAAAUAGAAAAGAUUGGAACACCAACUAAAAAGUGUGAUGUUUGUUGUCAAAAUGCAUUCAACUGUUAAAUGUAGCUGUUGUACUUCAUGAUGACCGCCACUAGAUGGCAGCAUUUAGUCACAGUGUAUUACAGCGGUUGCUGAGAAGCUGAUUCUCAAUGCAUUUUGAAAGCAGUUUUUUUUUCCCCCCACCCCUUGAGGUAAUUUGUUUUUGUGUACUAUUUUUUUCUUUUAGAAUUAAACACUUUAUGUAUGUUUUGAA